AUGAGUGUGAGAAUUUACCUGUGGCAGAGCCCGGGCCCGGGCCCUGGGGAGGAGCCGCUGGGCCGCGCGCAGCUGUCCCGCGCACAGCUGUCCCCGCCGGGCGACGCGCCGGCCGAGGGCCUGAGCCCCGGUCUGCGGCCUAACGGGCAGACCAAGCCGCUGCCCGCGCUCAAGCUGGCCCUCGAGUACAUCGUGCCCUGCAUGAACAAGCACGGCAUCUGCGUGGUGGACGACUUCCUAGGCAAGGACACCGGCCAGCAGAUCGGCGACGAGGUGCGCGCGCUGCACGACACCGGCAAGUUCACGGACGGCCAGCUGGUCAGCCAGAAGAGCGAUUCGUCCAAGGACAUCCGCGGCGACCAGAUAACCUGGAUCGAGGGCAAGGAGCCGGGCUGCGAGACCAUCGGGCUGCUCAUGAGCAGCAUGGACGACCUGAUCCGCCACUGCAACGGGAAGCUGGGCAACUACAAGAUCAACGGCCGGACCAAAGCCAUGGUGGCUUGUUAUCCUGGCAAUGGAACGGGUUAUGUGCGCCAUGUUGAUAAUCCAAACGGAGAUGGAAGAUGUGUGACAUGUAUAUAUUAUCUAAAUAAAGACUGGGAUGCCAAGGUAAGUGGAGGCAUACUGCGAAUUUUUCCAGAAGGCAAAGCCCAGUUUGCUGACAUUGAACCCAAAUUUGAUAGACUGUUGUUUUUCUGGUCUGACCGUCGCAACCCUCAUGAAGUACAACCAGCAUAUGCUACAAGGUACGCAAUAACCGUCUGGUAUUUUGAUGCGGAUGAGCGAGCGCGGGCGAAAGUCAAGUAUCUCACAGGUGAAAAAGGUGUGAGGGUUGAACUUAAUAAACCUUCUGAUUCAAUCAGUAAAUACGUUUUAUAGAGCCUUUGAUCCAGCAGUACCCUACUUCACCUACAAUAAUUGUUGACGCUGUUUGUUGAUUUGUGAAUACAAAGAAAUGGAAUAAAGAAUACCAGACAACCAGAUGGCGUUUUAAUGAGGAAAAAGAAGCCGCCUUUAUGUUGCAUCAAACUGAAGCAUUUGAGGCUGUGUCCUGCUUCACUCCAGAACUCUGCCUGCGUGUGGGAAGUUUGUCAGCUGUCGACUGCAAAUGGAAUUUACAUCUGGACCUGGAAUAAGUGCCCUGUGUAUAAUUUUUCAUUCUUAUAUUUUGCCAGAUCUGACAUCUAGCUCAAUCCAUUUCAUCUCUUCCCUUUUUUAUAUAAUCAAGUUUGAAUUUUGGGUAAUUUUUGUAUGAUCAGGUACAAUUUUCAAAAAUGAAUUUUAAAAAUUGCAGUAUUAUUCCCCAAAAUAGCAUUGAUCUAUUUUUGUAAACUUCAUCAUAUUGUUAAAGUUUUGCC